UUUCUGCUCAGAAACACACACACAAACACACACACACAUUCGUGCUGAACGCAGCAGUUGUGUCUUUUACACACCUAUGAACACAAAAGGAUCAGACUACUUGACGGUAAUGGACAUCUGAAUCAAGACAGUAGCAGAAUAAUCUUGACGGCAACCGUGUCUUCUUUUCCACCAUUGGAUGAUCAUAAGGACAAAAGGAUAAAAAACAAAACAAUACAACUCUUGCCGAACACAUGGAUAGAAGUUAAAGCUGGAUGAAAGGCGCUUUAAUAUGAGAAUAAGGGGAUGUUCUAAAUCACAGAUCCUUCAGACAUUUCAGGCACACUGUCUGUCUCUAGCAACAAAUGACAACGCAGGAUACCGACAGGAAUUUGAGGAGCUGGAAGUUGUCGGCAGAGAGUACACCUGCAGAGCUGGACAACUAGAUGCUAACAAGAACAAAAACAGAUACCCCUUCAUCUUACCCUAUGACCACACUCGUGUUCAGCUCUCUCUGCUGGACUCCAAACUGCACUCUGACUACAUCAAUGCCAACUAUGUGCCUGGUGGGACAUCCGAGCAUGAUUUUAUCUGCACUCAAGCACCUCUGCAGUGCACCAUGGUGGAUUUCUGGCGGAUGAUCUGGGAGACAAAUGUGGCGCUCAUUGUUAUGGUGACCGCGUUGAGAGAGGACGGCAAGGUGAUGUGUGAUCAGUACUGGCCACCUGAGCAAGGAACAGGAUGUUAUGGAACGGUGCAGGUGACCACAGUUUCACGCCAGCGCCAUCCGGAAUAUUACAUCACCACAAUCCGCUUAAAGCAGCAGGGUUUCCGGGCUGUGCGUCAUGUGACUCACUAUCAUUACCCCCUCUGGCCUGAUCAGGGGGUCCCGCAGAUCGCAUCAUCUCUUUGCACUUUCACUGAGCAUGUGCGCCAGCACCUCGACAAUAUCAGCAGCCACGGACCAACAGUAGUUCACUGCAGUGCAGGAGUGGGUCGUUCUGGCACAUUUGUGGCAUUGCUAUGGUUACUUCAGCUGUGUGCAAGAGGAAUUCCUCCUAAUGUCCGUCUGGCUGUGCAAGAUCUACGGAAACGCAGAGUCAUGAUGGUACAAAACAUUGAGCAGUACAUGUUGGUGCAUCAGUGUCUCCUGCACUAUCUGGGUGGAGAAACAUCCAAACCACGCAGUGAUUCCCGUGCUGCCCCUGUGUCACUGCAUCCUGGAGUACAUCAUGGGUCACAACAGUCAAUGAGAUCACGGCGAGGGCGGCAGAGGUGUUCGGAGCGGGCACAGCCAAUGCCACAGCCACAACAGAUUAAACACACACAUCCAGAGUGUAUCACACAAUCAAGCGCUGCCCAGCCUCCACCGACGUCACUACAGUCCCUACAGACCGCACUGAAGAGCAUACACCCUGCACACCUGCUGCGCAGAAUAAUGCCAUCAACACACAACUGAUAACACACAUCUGAAAACAGACUCAUCUAGACCAGUUGUAGUUUGCUCGACUAUGUUUUUCUGAUGCACACAAAUAUACGGCCAGGGGCUGAGCUGAUUCUGCAUCACAGUAAUAUCUAAAGUAACAUCUCUUGUGUGUGAGUGGGGAGAAUGACCUUUUGUCUACUGCAAAUUAAAUGUUCAUAUAUUCAAGCACACAAAGCCUUAAUGUUAUUGGAUUGUUUAACAGAAAUUGAUGUGUUUAUUAUAUUUUCAGUGAUCUUGUUAGUUGCAUAGCCUCUAUUGUUUUUGGGAUCAUUUCUAGGUUUGAAAUACUGACACAAUGAAGUUGACAGGGCCAAAUCCAAACAAGAAACCCUACAACUGUGUCUGUAGAUGCUUUAAAUUUAGAGUUUGACAUUGAUUGAGUUGUCAUCCAAUGAAAGUCACUGACACAUGUUGAUGGCGCAGAACCAUUUUCACAUUUUGAAAAAAAAAAAAAACACUUGAAGCUGCACUCAUACCGUACAAAGGUAACUUUGCACUUCCAAACGCUUGCGGGCAUACAUUUGCACGUGGAUGGUGGCUACUCUUUAAAUGUCUCAUUGACACUUUAGAAGACAGCUGCCAUCAACACAAAGUUUGCAGACAUUUCCAAUGCUAAGUUGAAAAUGGCAAAGAUUUUCAAUAGGAAUGUGGAAAGGUUUAGGGCGAAAUUGUGAAAGCUACCUCCUCGUCAAAUGUGCAGGCCAACAAUAGGGAAAACCUGCUUCCAUAAUUUGGCUGCAAUGAACAUUUUAAAGCAGGAUCAAUGGUUUGUUCUCUCAGUUUUGCAGUGUUGCCUUUUAGAGGUUAUUCCUGCCGAAAAUGUGGAUGUCAUCUUGACACACUAAAUUUGGGGAGGCAGAAGAUGAUAUCCUUGACAUGUGUCUGUGCCUCUUGCACUGUGAGGCCAAAAUACAGAAGAGUGCACCACUUCUGGUCCCAGUAUGGGUAUCAAAAGAUUAUAGGUUUGAGGGGAAUUGAGGGGAAGUGCUUUGCCUAUUCAUGAGACAGUGAACUACAUCUCCAAUUUGGACAGCAUGCAGCUGGACAUUUCAAGGAAUUUGAGAAGCAUAUUCACAGAGUCUGAAUUGGAUUGUUCCCUGAACUUUGUCCAGCUGUAUGCUGAUACCACUCAUACCUGUAUCGCAACCCCACAUGUUCACCCUGUCAGUGGUUGCUUAGUCACUUUUGGCCUGUCUCAUCCUGACCACAUGAGAAAGACUGUUUCCAAGGCAGUACAGUACCUGGAUGUCUUGGUGACCAAACUUUGGUCCCAAUUGUCAGGUAGAGUGGCUUUGUUUGACGAUAACAUACCUCAUGCAAGUGAUGCAGACCUCACUUUUGACAUGACAUAACUUGGUCAUUACUUAAUGAGAGUUUCUUGAGAGUUGUGGAAGAGGUGCUUAAACACUUCAAGUGCAUACCAGUGUGAGCUGGCAUUGAAGGAAGUGUUCUUUGGACAAUCAGUUUCUCCAUUGACAAAUGCUUUAGUGUUAGCUUGGGGACAAGUUUCAUCCAUCCAUCCAGAGAGUGUGACCUUGACUUGGAGCUUUCUGGAACCUGCUCCUUCCAGCAGCGCAAAUGGGGAUCCAUCUCCUCCCCAUUGUCUAACUGGACCAGGGAAGAUUUACAGAAGCCUGCGAAUCAAUAGAUUGUUCCAAAAAUUCAGGCCACAAUGUGGAGCAGUGCCUCUUGCUGGGACUGCAAGAUCUGAAAUGGAAAUACUUCCCAGCUAUGAAGUUCUGGACCACAAGGAAAAACAAGAUAGUCAAUGAGUCCUUUAAAUAAUUUUUAGAGGUGCAUGACCGAAAGGAUGGCACCUUUAAUCAGGCCAUAGCUGCAACAUUGGUAGGGGACAUCUGCAUGGAAAUGGAGAGAUAGUGAACAUGGCAUGCCUUGGCUUGAACCUGUUCUUGUCAGUUUGCUUGGAGCUGCAUUGUCUGCUAAAGGUGCUGACCUUUCUGAAAUGCAUGGCAAAACUCCAGAAUAGAGACUAUUAUUUGUUGAGACAGCAGGAGGGUGAGGAUGACUCCUUUGUUUCUCAUAGGUAACAGUUAUUCACUGACAGCAUAUGCCGCCCAAUGUUGUUACCCAAUGUUCCAAGGUAAAUUGUUGUAAAAUGAAUGAUUUCAUGUAUUGAAACAACAAUGUAAAUGUUAUUGAGAAUUUCAUAAUUUCAAACUGUGUUUCUCUAUUGCUCCUACAAAGUUGACAGGAAUGAGGCUGUAUCUUGGCAACACUUUGGCCACCUACCUACAGUAUCUAAAGUUGUCAAUUCAGGUUAAAUCUGCUCAUAAAUUUUGCCUAAAAUCACAGUUUUGCUGUCCUACUUUGGAUCAUGCCUACUGCAAUGUGUGCUAUUAGGAUCAAGACUGAAGAGCCUUAUUGCUUUUAUAAAAUCUCAGCAACAACCAUAUGAUAAAAGACACCAAAGUUCAAAAACAGUUCUUCUUUUUCCAAGAAAUAUAGUUUAUUUAGGCUGUUUGCAUUAAGAGUGAACGGUCUGGUUUCGAAAGUAAAAAUCCCAUUAUUUUUGUUUAAUUGGGGAAUUGGUUUUUAAUGAUACUUAUAAACCUUUAAGGACAGACCUACUGUGAGCUAUGAGGUUGUGAGUCAAUAUAUCAAUAAACACUUUUGU